UCCCGGCUCCCCGCGACCCCCGGCCUGCGGGACACGGCGUGGGUCCCUCCCCAGGCACCAAGCGCCAGGAGAGACCCCGCGGGCUGGAGCAGCCGGUCCCCCAAGCACUGAGGAGACCCGCGGGGUGGUCGCGCUGUCCCGGGCACGCUCCAGCCCAUGCCAAUGGCAACCGUGAGCGGGGCCCGCGGGAAUGGCCCCGCUCUGUGAGGAGGCGCGGCUGGACCCUGGCUCUGCGGCUGCCGGGACGCCGCGGCCAAGCUCUGCCCCGCGCGGUGACGUCAGUGCCUCCGCCGCGUGGCGUCACGACCCUGUGACGUCACUGAACGUCCCCGUCCCCAGCGGGUCCCCGCUGACCGAGCGUUCCGGCCGGGCCGGUGUUUCCGGGGAAGGACUCGCUGGCGCUUCCGGCGCGGGCGGAGGAAGUGACGGCCGGUUUGUUGACAGCCGAGGCUGCGGCGGGGGGAGCGGGCCCGAGCAGGACGCGGACCCCGGCCCGCCCCGGGGAGCCGGGACCAGCCGGGACCAGUCCCCCAUGGCGCCAGCUAUCCUGAUGGCCCCAUAAAUUCAUCCCAGGACUUCAUUUGAGGGAAGGAUCUCCUGCAUCAAACGCUUCCUUCUGCUCUUCCCCUUCCCAUAAAUUCCCUCAAGAUGGCAUCUGACAGUCCGGAGUCGCUGAUGACCUUGUGCACUGAUUACUGCCUUCGCAACCUGGAGGGGACUCUCUGCUACCUCCUGGACAACGAAACGCUCCGGCUCCACCCCGACAUCUUCCUGCCAAGCGAGAUCUGUGACAAGCUUGUCAACGAGUACGUGGAACUGGUGAAGACAGACAGCAUCUUUGAACCCCAUGAAAGCUUCUUCACCCUCUUCUCAGACCCACGGAGCACCAGGCUAGCUCGGAUCCACCUGCGGGAACACAUUGUGCAGGACCAGGACCUGGAGGCCAUCAGGAAGCAGGAUCUUAUUGAGCUCUACCUGACUAACUGUGAGAAGCUGACAGCCAAGAGCCUGCAAACCUUGGUGAGCUUCAGCCACACACUGAUCUCCCUGAGCCUCUUUGGCUGCAGCAAUAUCUUCUACGAGGAGGAGAACCCCGGGGGCUGUGAGGACGACUGCCUGGUGAACCCCACUCGCCAGGUCUUGGUCAAGGACUUCACUUUUGAAGGCUUCAGCCGCCUGCGCAUCCUGAACCUGGGCCGCCUGAUCGAGGGGGUAAACGUGGAGACACUGCUGCGGCCCCUGGCCUCCCUGGCAGCUCUGGACCUUUCUGGGAUCCAGCUGAAUGAUGUGGGAUUCCUGACCCAGUGGAAGGACAGUCUGGUUUCCUUAGUGCUUUACAACAUGGACCUUUCAGAGGAGCACAUCCAAGUGAUUGCACAGCUUCGCAAGCUCAGGCACCUGGAUAUCUCGCGAGACCAUCUGUCCAGUUAUUACAAGUUCAAGCUGACCCGGCGGGUUCUAAACUUGUUUGUGGAAAACCUGGUGAACCUCACUUCGCUCGACAUCUCAGGGCACACCAUGCUGGAGAACUGCACUAUCCCCAGCAUGGAGGAGAAGAUGGGCCAGACAAGCAUUGAGCCAGCAAAGAGCAGCAUUGCUCCGUUCCGGGGUCUGAAACGACCACUGCAGUUCUUGGGCCUUUUUGAAACAUCCCUCUGCCGCCUGACCCAUAUCCCAGCCUACAAGGUGAGUGGAGACAAGAACGAAGAGCAAGUCCUGAAUGCCAUCGAGGCUUACACCGAGCACCGGCCGGAAAUCACUUCCCGGGCCAUCAACCUGCUUUUCGACAUUGCCCGCAUCGAGCGCUGCAGCCAGCUGCUGAGAGCCCUCCAGUUGGUGAUCACAGCCCUCAAGUGCCACAAGGAUGACAAAAACAUCCAGGUGACGGGCAGCGCCGCGCUGUUCUACCUGACCAACUCCGAGUACCGCAUGGAGCAGAGCGUGAAGCUGCGGCGCCAGGUCAUCCAGGUGGUGCUGAAUGGCAUGGAGUCCUACCAGGAGGUCACGGUCCAGCGGAACUGCUGCCUGACCCUGUGUAACUUCAGCAUUCCCGAGGAGCUGGAGUUCCAGUACCGCCGAGUGAACGAGCUGCUGCUGAACAUCCUCAACCAGAGCCGGCAGGACGAGUCCAUCCAGCGCAUCGCCGUGCACCUCUGCAAUGCCCUGGUCUGCCAGGUGGACAACGACCACAAAGAAGCUGUGGGCAAGAUGGGGUUUGUCAUGACAAUGCUAAAGUUGAUUCAGAAGAAGCUGGCUGAUAAAACGUGUGAUCAGGUGAUGGAGUUCUCCUGGAGUGCCCUCUGGAACAUCACUGAUGAGACCCCAGAUAACUGUGAGAUGUUCCUAAACUACAGUGGCAUGAAACUGUUCUUGGAGUGCUUGAAAGAGUUCCCAGAGAAACAGGAGCUGCACCGCAACAUGCUGGGCCUCCUGGGCAACGUGGCAGAAGUGAAGGAGCUCCGCCCGCAGCUCAUGACCUCCCAGUUCAUCAGUGUGUUCAGCAACCUGCUGGAGAGCAAAGCUGAUGGGAUUGAGGUGUCGUAUAAUGCCUGUGGAGUGCUCUCCCAUAUCAUGUUUGAUGGUUUAGAGGCCUGGGGGAUCUGUGAGCCUCACAGAGAAGAAGUUGUGAAAAGGAUGUGGGCAGCCAUCCAGAGCUGGGAUAUCAACUCCAGGAGAAAUAUCAAUUACAGGUCAUUUGAACCAAUCCUUCGACUUCUUCCACAAGGGAUCUCCCCAGUCAGCCAGCACUGGGCCACCUGGGCACUCUAUAACCUGGUGUCUGUCUACCCUGACAAGUACUGCCCACUGCUGAUCAAAGAAGGUGGGAUUCCUCUCCUGAAGGACAUGAUUAAAAUGGCCUCAGCACGACAAGAGACCAAGGAAAUGGCCCGGAAAGUUAUAGAGCACUGCAGUAACUUUAAGGAGGAGAACAUGGACACUUCCAGAUAGAGGCAAUCACGCAAUGCCUCUUGCCAGCACUGUACCCAGCUUCUCUCUAACUCACUGUACAUAGGGAGGACUCUUUCUUACCAACUCGCCCGUUGGAAGGAAACUUUAUGUGUGUGUGUGAGACCCUCAGUAGAUGAAGGUGAAUAGGGGAGGGGGGAGGGACUUUUUGCACAACAAAAUGCUUUCCUUAACUUAGUGGACUUUUUUGUUAUGAAGUUUCAGGUUGAAGUUCUGUGUGUAUGAUUUCUGUAUAAAAAGAAAACAAAAAACAAAGACAAUUACAUUAUGUAUCUUUUAACCUUUUAUUUUAGACCACACAGAGAGCCUCAAAUGACCAUGAGCUUGAAGACCUAGUUGUGUGAUCACUAGUGUGACAUUUAUUUCCCACUUUUUAGAAAAUUCCCUUUUGCUGUACUGCAUGAGGUCCUGUAAUGUCUGCAAGAACACCAGUCCUGAAUCAGCAUUGGCUGCUCAGUGGGACUACAGGCAGUGAUGAGUUAUUCUUUUGGUUAGAGAGGCUGGGGGACAAUACCAGAGAGAUAGACAAAAGGAACUGACGUUGUUUCAGUGAUUAAAAAUGGAGAAACAAGAGAAGACCUUUCAAGCUAAUUCACUCCCUUAAGGGCUUUUUAAUAGAAGACUCACAUUAAUGGAAACAUUGCUAAUUCUAUGUGGGUCAUUUGGAAGUAAGACUUUCCCAAUAAAGUCAAGAGGUCUGUUUUGUCCCCAUUGGCAGUACAUAGGAUCUGCCAGCCCACCCAGCCUCAGAAGGUCAGGGAUGACAGUAGAACCAGUUAUAUGUUCUUGUCUACACAGAGCUUCUCUCUCAAAGGGAACCUGUGCAACAAGGCACGAGGUUUGUUCACAAAGGGCUACGCAUCUUCAUUCCAGUCCUUCACCGCCUUUUUUAGCAGUGUUCUGUUUUGUAGGGAAGGGCUACAAAGCCAGAGUAUUUCCCUCUGCAUACUAUACUCUGCUAGGCCCUAGUCCCGAGCAGCUGUACCCCCUUGUGCAAGUCCCAGGAAGGGACUGGAGCUGUUCUGCCCAUCCUCAGUCUGUGUCAUCACAAGCUGUGCUCAGUAGCAUCAUAAUCUCCCUUCACAGGAAGCUCACUGCAGCACAGCUGCUGGAAUUGGAGGUGGGAAGUCUCCAGGCACCCUCUGAAGGGCAGUCCCAGGAAAUAGCACCUUUUGUUCCACCCCAAUAUUUUCCCCCUGUUCUCAGAAGCAGAAGGCCCUAUUCCCAUCUGACUCCCAGAAGCACUUACCAGUGCAGUCCCAGUCCCAUCAGCAGCAUUAUUGCAGUCUGUGUGACACAGGUGAGAGGAGAGUCCCACUGAGCUGGUCUUCACCUGUGACACUCCAGACCAGCUCAAGAAGCUGAAGGUCACGGUUUGCCUCACAGCCAGGCACUCAAGAGCAACAGUUGUCUAUGCCAUAGCCCACUGCUCAUCACAGUUCUUUGACAAAUCUUCCCUUAGAAGGGACUUAGAAAAGAGUAGAAGGAAGAUGAGCCCAUGGCCAUGCAGGCUGGGACAUUUCAGGCCUCAGAGCACAGUAACUCGCUGCUCUCUUCCCUUGUACACUUUGCUCUCGGAUUUGAGUCGCUGCUAUGAGGUUCUGCUAAUGCUCAGAGUUCAUGUUGUCCUUGUGAGCACGUUAGAGAUGGAUCCUUGAUCCACAAACUGACACUUUAACUGACAGAACACAACUGCCUGGAGAGGUUUACUUUUACUGCCAAUACGGUGUUAUUCAAUGUCUUUUCUUUUUUUCUUUUUAACCAUACGUCAAUUUGUUUUGGUAUUGUGAGAUCUGUACUUUUUUCUUUUAAGUAUUUUUCAAACUUAUAUAUAUUUUUGUGUCACUUUUAAAUUGUUUUCAUAAGAUUGCAAAACUUGACAAAUUAUACUUUUUUGCAGUCAUUUGAAAUGUAUUUUUCUCUUAUUCCUGUUUCCCAAGAAUUUGUGUUCCUAUGAACUUAUUUCAAGAUCUGUUUUCUGUGUAACAUUUGCUAAUCUUCCUUCUAGAUGCAAAACUAAGAGGGGCUGUAAAUACAGCCUUGGUUGUUAGGGGAGUGAGGCUUUGCUCUUUAACUCCCCAUUUAGUGCUGCUGUCCUUGGGAAGUUGUUUCACAUGGCAGUACCACUCACCACAUCUGCUUCCUUUCCAAUGCCCAUGUAGUGAAAGCUUCUGUCACUAAAAUCUUGACCCAAGUGACAAAAAGCACUCAAGAUUCUGACCCUGUUGGCAAGGUGGGAGUAGAGCAGAAGGGGACAGAUGACACAUGUGAGGUCUCAGAAAGCCUUGUCCCCAGAAAUCAGCUGCCAUGCUGGGGAGACAGUGGAGCUGGGGAACUCCCAUCUCAGCUGGAGCAGAUCCCAGCCUCUCACUGUAAUCCAAGCCAAGCAGUUGGGCUCUAGUCUGAGACUUUGGCACAACUACAUCAUGGCUAAUAACAACCAAUGGCUUGGUUUUAUCUGCCUCGAGACCCCAAAAGUUUGGGUUUUCCAAACCAGUGCUUCCACAAGUUGAGCAGUUUCUGGAGUCUCACCUGCUGCAUCCCAAACUAACAAGAUCCACACUGCAUCAAAGCUGUUUCACACUGCAGAGGUAACCUCUGUUCUCACUGCUCACAGACCCUCAGCAAGCUGUACCUCAGCCCAAACCAGGAUAAAAAUAUUUCAAUUUCCCAGCAAUAAGGAGAUGAAUGGAACCAGGCCAGGCUGACAGAAAAGCUCAGCUUGCUGAAAUCUGUCACCAUUCCCAGGUGAAAGAGGGAACUCUUAACUGGGCAAUUGCAGAAAGCCUCACAUAAGAUUUUGAGUCAGGCCACCAGCAAGGUAAAUGCCUAAGGCAGAACAUUAAAAGGAAUAACACCCCUGUUAGAGUAACGUCAGCUUUGCCUACAAGCUUCAGUCUCUUCAAGAUUUUGUGAGCUGAAAAGUAACAUUUUCCCCUCAGUAAGGAUCAAAGAGUAAAAAGUAUCCUUUGAGCACCAGAGCACAAUCCAACAGUUCCUGUAACUGAAAGUCUGAAACCAGUCUGAGCCUCAGUUUCCCUAACUGAAACAACAGGCAUAAUGCAUGACCUGAAAACGUUUUUUGGUGGCAAGGACUUAACUGGUGCCAUAGAUCCAGAGCUGAGGAGAGUUGCCUGCAAACAUCACAUCAAUAUUCUGCAAAGGAAGGGAGGGCAAAGUGGCAGAUUUUUAAUGAAGGUUUAAUGCAAAAAGGGAAGUUGGAUACCCUGAAAUGCUUGACUGCUCCAAGGAUGCCUCUCAAGCCUUCCAGCUUUGCUGGAUCAAAGGAACAAGCCAGGAAACUUCAGCUCCACAUAAAAUUAUACAGCCAGUGACCAACUCUGCUCAGAAAACCAGAAUGGGGUUCUAUUUUUCAAAUGAAAAUCCAGCUGUAGAGAAGUUAAUAGCAUGUAAGGAUAUUGCAGAGGGGCUCCUUGUGCUCUGUAGCUGUUGGCCCACUCAGACUCUUCAUGUUUUCACUACUACAUUUCCUUUAAUAUUGCAAAGCUUGGCAAGCAGAGCACAAACACGACUCAGUAGCUCCCUGCAGAGACUGUGCCAACAAAGGAACCCUCCACCUGAGCUGUGUGUGGUUUCCUUCCUGGCUGGAGGCUGCCCUGUCCUCCAGUGGCCCAGCAGUGCCAGGUGUCCAUGUUCUCUGGAGCAGAUAAGAGCAAAUUGGUGAGCAACUUCCCACCAGUGCUUCCAUUUUACAAAAUCUGUGGGAGGAAUUGCUCAUAAGGAUUGGCAUCUACUUGGAUGAUGUUUAACACCCAGAAGCAUCAGACUUUCUCAUCUAGACCAAGCCAAGAAAGUUUUGCACUGAUAUUUGUGGCAAUCAGCACACUGCAGAUAAUUCAUCUGCACCAUGGCUGCUGUUUCCCUGCACCUUCCUACUGAAAUUAUCCUCUUCAGCACUGAAUCCUACCCAGCUUGGCUAGGCUUCUGCUGCUGUCACUCUGGUCUCUGCAAAAGAUGAGUGGGAAGAAAAGUCUUGGAGCUGUGAGUCAAUUCCCUCUCAUUACCUGAAGAAGGCAAUUAAUUACCAGUAGGGCAAGAGCUAGAGGGCACUGCAGUCAGGCACUACCAUAGAAAAGACAUUUCCUUGAGACUGUUUAGGGAGGAGUGUGCCACAGCUCAGGUGUUAGAGGACAGCUUGUGCUGGAAAAAGAGAAUUAAAAGUAGGGAAACAGCUGGUCUCCAGGACAACCAUGUAUGUGGAUGAAGCACAGAGGGCAAUAGUCAUCAGGAAUAGAUGAAAAGCAACAUGGGGGCUGAAGGAGAAGAGAGCACUUAAGGAAUGAGGGAGAUACUCUGCUGAACUGAAACACUUCUGCUUUAGCAGACUCUUUUGAUUUCAUGUAAUUGUCACUGAUCCUCUCUGUAACUCUUUUCUUGUUUAAAAAAAAAAAAGUUUUUAAGCUAAUUAAAUAUGUAUUUCCUUGUUUUGCAAUGAAAAUACCCUCAGUUAUAAUGAGCAAGUGUCUCCUUUUACUCUGUCCAUGGACCUGCCUGAUGCUGAGGCCUGGUUCAAAUGUUUGUACCUGGUGAAACUGAGCAAAAAAAUCAAAAUGCACAACUGUUGCUUCCUUACAAUUCUGAAUGAAUUAACUUUUCUGUUGUAUCCAUUGGAUACCCACUGUGUAUUAAACCUAGUGCUCAAGAGUGUCUUCUUCCUUUGUUCUAUGAAUGUGGUUUAUUUAGGUACAUUACUGGUCCAUUGGCUGUCAUAUAUUUAAUUAAAAAUGAAAGGAACUGCCA